UAUUGUAUAUGUUAGUGGGUUGUGCAUCUGUUCUAAUUAUGCGGUUUAUGUACUGGCCAGCCUCGUCGUUGCAUAUCCAGCGUUAGGCGGCAGCAGGGGAUGCGUCUUGAUGAGAGGUACGUUCCGUACCUGCAGAUGGCCGGAUUGUACCAUCUUGCGAGACUGAAUGACAGAUGGUUCCGACUAGACGAGCCCCUAGUCAGCGCAUUCGUCGAGAGGUGGCGGCCUGAGACGCACACCUUCCACAUGCCGUUCGGAGAGUGCACCAUCACUCUUCAGGACGUCGCAUACCAGCUGGGGUUGCCAGUGGACGGAGAUUACGUUAGUGGUUGCCUGACAGACUUCCACCUUUACAUUGAGGGUGGGAGACCUGCUUGGCAGUGGUUCCAUGAGUUGCUCGGUGUUUUACCUCCCGAGAACCAGGUGCAGAAAUUCGCAGUCAACUGCACCUGGUUUCAGGAGACAUUUGCAGAGUGUCCAGACGGGGCUGAUGAGGAGACAGUUAGGCGCUUUGUCCGGGCCUAUAUCAUGAUGUUAUUGGGCACGCAGCUCUUUGCCGACAAGUCCGGCAACCGUAUACACAUCAGAUGGCUACCUUAUGUUGCUCGGCUUGAGGAGAUGGGUCGCUACAGUUGGGGGUCGGCGGCACUUGCAUGGUUGUACAGGUGCAUGUGCCGAGUCGCCAACAGACAUGUGGUGAAGUUAGCUGGCCCUUUACAGUUACUACAGUCUUGGAUAUUCUGGAGGUUUCCCACUCUUAGACCAUCUGGGUAUGAUGAGAUUAGCUGGCCCCUUGCCUCGAGAUGGUCUGGUUACAAUCCUGGGAUUAGCAACAAGGGACCUCGGGUACAGAUGGCUCGCCUGAAGAUCGACUUGUUACAGCCUCGGCAGUUCAUAUGGAUGCCCUAUAGCGCACUAGACGUCAUCCAGGUUGUACAUCCGGAGGUCUUGGAGCCUCGGCAUACGAUGUUAUGGCGGUGCAGAACGUCCCUGAUUUACUUUGCGGUUGUGGAGUGGCAUCAGGUUGAUAGAGUUUUACCUCAGUUCGGCGGCGUUCAGCCCAUACCGUCUCCCGCCUUGAACAUCGACUUCUUGAUGUCGAAGGAUGGGAGAGGAGGUGACCGUUGGUUCCCGGCACAGUACGCUGACUGGCAUGUUCACUGGCAGGAGCGUGCGGAGCACAUUCUACAGUUUGACAUCGUCCCCGACCCCGGUCCGUCACACGAUUUCUUGACAUGGUGGUAUCAGCACGGAAAGAGGUUUCUGUCGCCGGAGAUGUUAUUGGGGGAUCCGAGAGGUAUUCCUAUUCCAGAUGAGGCUAUGCAGAGGGGUGCAGGUCGACUUCCAGAUAUGGACCGGGUCGAGGACGUUCCCGACAGACGUCGUAUUGAGCGGAGAGCUCGAGUUGGGACACGUUGUAGCCAGCGGGAGUGGAUCGGGGCGGAUCUUGCUAUGGAUGACGUCGAACCCCCAGUUAGGGGUGGCGGGAGAGUUCGUGGUCGUGGAGGCAGGAGGAGAGUGGGUGCUGCUAGAGAGGGUGCCCAGAUGCCUAUGGGAGGUGAUGUUGCGGGGGUUGAUAGGGCCCAUCGGGGCGGGCAUGAGCUGUUGCGGCACUGGAUCGCACCUAUUUAG